AUGGAACGGAUGGAUACCGCUCACAGUGACGUCAGAGGCGCGGAAGGUGAGCGCUCGCUUGCCACGCCCAGCCCCGCCCCGCUGUCGGCCGUAGCUGCCGAGGCCUGGCUUGCACAGCCCUCCCGUACGGAGCACCGCACUUGCUGCGCGUGUGGGGAGCCGAUUGCGGACCGCUUCCUACUGGAGGUGGGCGGCGGGGUGUGGCACACGGGCUGCUUGCGCUGCUGCGUCUGCGCAGUACAGCUCGAUCGGCACCCUUCCUGCUUCUUACGGGACAGACAAGUCUACUGCAAGCAGGACUAUGCCAAGAGCUUCGGUGCGAAGUGCUCGAAAUGCUGCAGGGGUAUCUCCUCGUCAGACUGGGUACGGAAGGCGCGCGAGCAGGUGUAUCACCUGGCGUGCUUCGCCUGUGAUGCCUGCGGCCGCCAACUUUCUACCGGCGAACAAUUUGCUCUGCACGAAGAUAGAGUCCUCUGCAAACCACACUACUUGGAGACAUUGGACGGAGGAUCCAUUUCUUCUGACGACGGCUGCGAUUCAGAGGGCUACCACAAGAGUAAAGCUAAGCGAGUCCGGACUACGUUCACAGAGGAGCAACUACAGGUCUUACAAGCGAAUUUCCAGUUAGACUCCAACCCUGACGGGCAAGAUUUGGAAAGGAUCGCGCAGGUCACAGGGCUGAGCAAGAGGGUCACGCAAGUUUGGUUCCAGAAUAGUCGAGCGCGACAAAAGAAACAUCAGCACACGGGGAAAGGAAAGCAGAACCAACUAAUGUCUCGAGAUGCAGAUCCGGCGGGGUUUGGUCGGCCCAUCAACCUCCACCUUACAUAUUCAUUUCAGAACAAACCACCUUUUGUCCCGAUAGACGGAACUUCUUUCACGGAUUCUUCGAUGGAUGAACUGUCUGAGGACUCCUCCAUACAUUGUAUGCAAAGUGAAGUUUGAGGCAUAUUUCCAUUUCCACAAGAAUUGUUUUCAUUUGCAAUUAUGUUUUGUUACACUAAUAGAUAGAUGAAUUAAUUUUAAUUUAGUAAACAUACUGCAUUUCAUAAAUGAAACCUUAGUGAAAAGUUCGAGUUUUAAAUACUUGGAUUAUACUUCAGACAAUUAUAAAAAUGACGGCAUCGCAAUAUAUAGGGCGAUAAGGACGGUGUAUCAAACAAAUUUAACCGAAUUACAAACGAUGCAAACUUCUCUAAGGGCCCUAUUACAGUUUCGUGAUUGCCAACUAAUGCCACAGAUAUUAUAAUAUGCAAAC